UGUCGAGGCUUUUCAAAACAUAAACGUGCAGGUUGUAGGUUGUUUUGAAAGGCGGACAGCAUGGGUUUGAUUCGACACGUCGUGUGCGCCAUGUCCGGCGGGGUUGACAGCUCCGUGGCGGCUCUGCUGCUGAAGAAAAGAGGCUAUAACGUGACGGGAGUGUUCAUGAGGAACUGGGACUCUCUGGAUGAGAGGGGGGUCUGCAGCACAGAGAGGGACUGUGAGGACGCCUUCAGGGUCUGUCAGAUCCUGGACAUCCCCUUCCAUCAGGUCUCAUACGUCAAGGAGUACUGGCACGAGGUCUUCAGUUAUCUGUUAAAAGAAUACGAGAAAGGCAGAACCCCAAACCCGGACAUCCUGUGCAACAAACACAUCAAAUUCAACCAUUUUCACAAGUAUUCCAUCCACACGCUGGGUGCGGAUGCCAUGGCGACAGGUCACUACGCCAGGACGUCGCAGGAGGAUGACGAGGUCUUCCAGCAGUCCCACGUGGCCCCUCCCACCACGCUUUUCAGAGACCGAUUCCAGAUGAAAAACCCUGUGAGGCUCCACAAAGCAGCCGAUCACCUCAAAGACCAGACCUUCUUCCUGAGCCAGAUCCCCCAGGAUGCUUUGAGGCAGAGCAUGUUCCCACUGGCCGGACUCACCAAAGAGUUUGUGAAAAAGAUGGCCGCCGAGGCCGGCCUCCACCACGUCCUGAAGAAGAAGGAGAGCAUGGGGAUCUGCUUCAUCGGAGAAAGGAACUUCGAGAGCUUCAUUCUGGAGUACUUGGAGCCGAAACCGGGAAACUUUGUGUCUGUUGAGGACGGCGCCGUGAUGGGAUCACAUAAAGGCUGGUUCACUCUGACUCUGGGUCAGAGGGCGAGGAUCGGGGGCCUGAAGGACCCCUGGUUUGUGGUGGAUAAAGACGUUGUGACUGGAGACGUGUUUGUGGCUCCAACAACCAAUCACCCGGCUCUGUUUCGGGACACUCUAAAAACCGACCGCUUCCACUGGGUGACGCUUGACCCGCCUCUAGAGUUAGCUCGCAGUCAGAUGAUGGAGUGUCAUUUCCGCUUCAUCCACCAGAUGCCACUCGUCCCGUGCUCAGUGACUCUGAACAUGGACGGCUCCGUGUGGAUUUCUCUCUCCCAGCCGGUCCGAGCCCUAACACCUGGACAGUUCGCAGUGCUCUACAAAGGCGACGAGUGUCUGGGCAGCGGGAAGAUCGUGCAGCUGGGGCCCAGUGAGUUCACGCUGCAGAAGGGCAGAGAGCGGCUUGUGGCCAGCUUGCAGAACAAAGAGCUUCCCACUCCUGAAACGAGCAGCUGAGGCGGUCCAGCUGUGUGGAGCCACCUCCAUCCUCCAUCGGAGGAACCACCUGAGGGAGUGGGAUGGGGGUAGAGACUUAAAAUGAUCCCUUUUUUGGGAAAAGGCACUCUAGAAUUGUUGUAUUUUAGCAUACAGAAGAAAAAAAAACAGCUGCUGGUUCACUCUGGACUUAUAAGUUUGUACGCCAGGCAUGAAUCAGUGAAAACUUCUAUUUUAACACUUUUUCUCAUUAUUUUUUUUUACAAACUUGUAAAAACUUUUUAAAAGUAAAAAUUAAGGCCUUCCACAUAGUUUUGUUUUAGAAACUCAACAGUUUUUAACCAGAGGAAGUGUAAUAUUUCAUAUAAAUAUAUUAUUUAUUCUAGUUUUUCCUUCAACUUUUUAAAGCUGCUCAACUUUCCAGAACUUUCAUAAAAAUGGGUUGUUGCAAAAUAUGACUUUUGUGCCUAAUGUUGGUUAUGGGCUUAUAAACACCAAAAGGUUUGACUUUUAGUAUUUAAAGACCAACAAUAUGUUCAUUAAAGCUGCUACAACAAUGAAUAAAAUGGCUGUUUUUACUUGA